AUGGGCUCUCGUCUAAAUUCCAAUUCUGAUGCCAUGCGCAAGCGCAUAGAAAAUCAUGACUUCCACGAUGAAACAGGCGAGGAGUAUGAAGCCUCCAGCUUUGGUGGAUUUGGGGACUACAUGCGACGCAAGAAGAUGAAGUUGCAGAACCUAGACGCGGAAAUCCGAGCCUCGUCCGAAGACUGUCCACCUAUCUUCCGCGGGAUUGUCGCGCACGUCAAUGGCUAUACCCAGCCUUCCCUGCAGGAUCUCCACCGUCUGAUUGUCAGUCAUGGAGGUGGGUUCCUUCAAUAUUUGGAUAGCAAGACUGCUGCGACACACAUCAUUGCGAGCUCCCUGACGCCAAAGAAAUGCGAAGAGUUCAAGCGGUAUCGCAUUGUGAAGCCAGCUUGGGUCACGGAGAGUAUCAAGGCAGGCCGUCUAUUACCUUGGCAUGACUUCCGAGUUGUAGAUGAGGGUCAGGCUCAAAAAGUUUUGAAAUUCGGUGGUGGCCGCAUGAGCAGUCAGGCAAGCACUCCACGCUCAGGUUACAAAGACCAGUCCAGCACAAGCUGGUACAAUUCGCAAAUGCAGGCCACGACUGGCGGGCAAGAUACACAAGAUCAAGCUACUCCUUCAAAACCACCCCCAUCAAUUCCUACUUUACCACUUGAAUCUCCUCGAUCAAUUAAAUGCGGUUCUUCCAACUCUCCCGUUGUCGACAGCGAAAGUCAGCCCAAGCCGCCCGCAGAGUUCAAGGCCAGCGAAUCACAACAGCCAAAAACACCUUCUAAAAGAAGACCCACCGCGAGUGAUUAUACAGAUGAUUUGGAAAGCCCUCAAAAAGUUAGCUCUCGAAUUCAAGUCGAUCCGAUCCUCAGCAACAGUGCGCACAAGCCUUUGAAUCUAUCCGGGUCCCAGUUCAUUAUGCCCAAAACAGAACCUAAACCCAUCCCUGCACCUGCUGGAGACAUCAGAUCAAAGCUUGCAGCCCAGGCAAAGCCUCGAGAUGAUAACCGGCCAGAUGCCCCCUGCCCAGCUCCGCCGGAAACAAAAGAUCAUUCCCCAGACGUGCACGAGUCUGCUGGCACAGAUCAAUCCGCUCAUGCUGAGCUAGACCCAGACACUUUGGCGGCAUUACCAGAAGAUAUUCGCAAGGAAGUACUUGCUCAUUACGGCCAGCAAGCCAGCAAGUCCACACCUGCGGCAUCAAGAGCUCCUGAAGCUUCAACGCGAUCCACCCCGUCCAAAUCCUUUGGGGUAAAAAGGGCUGGUUCGCCAUUAAAAAAGCCAGGCCGUUCAUCCAAACCAGGGACAGGGUCUACCAGGACCUUGAUGCAAUUGGGGUUUGUUUCACAGUCUGCCACUACCGCGAAGUCUACUCCAGAUCCGACGGCCAUAUUGCCAUCUUCCACAACACCAACGCAGGAGGGCCGUUCUUCGGUGCCUACGCAGAAGCCACCUGAAAGACAGCCCGAAUCCGAAAAUAAGAAGGAACUCGAGAAACGAAGUGAACCAGUGCAACAGCCCGAAUUGCAGAAAAAGCCUGAAUCCGACAAUCAACCCGAACCCUGCGAUCGACCUGUCUUCACAUCUGAGGGCUUAUCGAAUUUGGACGAUCUCCGAGACUCAAUCAGCGCUUGGCAUUCUACCUUUAAGGCCGAAGGCCCAUACGGUGAUGAUGUUGACGCGCUGUGCACAUACCUACGACGGGUAGUAUUAGACGAGAACGAUGUCAAUAAAGCUGUGUCUGUGGUACGGUGGCUCAUGUUGCUUGUUGACAAAGAUUCACGACAAGAGUGUCAGCUAGAAUCUCGACCAGAAGAUACAAUGACAUGGCCCGAGUCGAUCAAAACCAUGCAAACUAGCAUACAGACUGCUUUGGAGGAAAGAGGUCUGCCAGCUGUCAAUUUCAAAUAG